CAGCUGGGUUCAUUUGCCCUUUGAUCACUGAGAGUGAGCCACUUCGAAACAUGCUCAAUAUCUGAGGACUUUACUGCCAACAUGACCAGCGGGUGCUGUGUUUUUGUCCUCCUUUCCCUCCUCCAUGUCUCGCUGAGUGUGGAAAUGACAGGAUUAUACGGCAGCUUCACCUCCCCCAAUUUCCCCCAGCCUUACCCUGACAACAAGCACAUGGUGUGGAACAUCACUGUACCCAAUGGCCAGAGGGUCAAACUCUACUUUAGACACUUCAGCAUGGAACCCUCACACCAGUGUGAAUAUGACUAUGUUCAGGUUCUAGCAGAGGGGAAUGAAACUUUGCGGUUCUGUGGUGAGGAGGAGAAGAACUAUGAAAGCAGUCCAAGGAACACGGUCAUCUUGUCAGCUGGGAACCUCAUGUCAGUUGUCUUUAGGAGUGACUACUCUAAUGAAGGCCGAUUCACUGGCUUCCAAGCAUUUUACACAUCAGAAGAUAUCAAUGAGUGUAUGUCCAAGAUAGACGGGGAGAGUGUGUGUGAUCACUUUUGCCACAAUUACAUCGGUGGAUUUUACUGCACCUGCAAACAGGGAUUCCUUCUGCAUGACAACAACAGAUCCUGCACAAUGCCAUGCCAAAAUCAGGUGCUGACCUCACUGUCGGGUGUUCUAACCAGUCCUGGCUACCCAAAUCCUUACCCACCAAUGAUUGAGUGUGACCACACCAUCCGUCUGCCAGAGGGCCACAGAAUAAUCCUGGACUUCCUGGAAGCCUUUGACAUAGAGGGACACCCACAGGCCCCCUGUCCGUAUGAUAUGCUGAAGAUUUCAACAGCUGGGCAGGAGUACGGACCCUUUUGUGGACCUGUGGUACCCAAUCGCAUUGACACAGGAAGUUACCAGGUGCAUGUGGCCUUCAGAUCAGAUGCCAGUGGGAAAAACAAGGGAUGGAAGAUGAAGUACACAAGUGCCAGGGUUGAAUCAAGCUCUUCUAGAUGAUAAUACCGAUGGUUUGUUGACAUCAUGAUCACUUUUUGUACAGUGACAAGUACAAGUACGUAAACAUUGUUACAGAGCUCCUGAAGUCACCUUGUGGAACUUCAGGGACUACGCAUUAUGUCAACUUCGCACAACCAUUAUUUUUGUGACAACGCUUCAGCACUCUGCGGAUAUCUUGAUAUGACAUCAUUACACAGUUUAAACAAAGAUGCAGAUUGUGUUGAUUUUUGUC